AUGACAGGAAUGCCAUGUGAUGGCCUUAUUAAUAGUUCAAGGUAUGAUACAAAUGUUCAAGAAAUGAUAUAUGCACAUACAUCUACACACAGAUAUUACAGAGACAAUUCUUCUAGGGAAACUGGAAGUCAUAUUAGGAAAGAGUUCUCCAGGCGCUUGCAUGAGCCCAUGUACCUCUUCCUCGCCAUGCUCUCUACCAUUGACUUGGUCCUCUCUUCUGUUACCAUGCCCAAAAUGGCCAGCUUGUUCCUAACUGGCAUUCAGGAGAUCGAGUUCAACAUUUGCUUGACUCAAAUAUUCCUUAUUCAUGCCCUAUCCGCCAUGGAGUCUGCUGUCCUGCUGGCCAUGGUUUUUGACCGCUUUGUGGCUAUCUGUUACCUGUUACGCCAUGCUUCUGUGCUCACAGGGACUACUGUGGCCAAGAUUGGCCUAGCUUCCCUAGCUAGGGGAUUUGUAUUCUUCUUUCCACUGCCCUUCCUUUUGAAGCGCCUGUCAUACUGCCAAAAACAUACUGUCACACACUCCUUCUGUCUCCAUCAAGACAUUAUGAAGCAGUCCUGUACUGAUACCAAAGUCAAUGUCGUGUAUGGGCUCUUCAUCAUCCUCUCAGUCAUGGGUGUGGACUCCCUCUUCGUUGGCUUUACCUAUAUCCUCAUCCGGAGGGCUGUGUUGGAGCUGUCAACUCGAGGGGCAGCACUCAAGGCUUUCAACACCUGCAUCUCCCACCUCUGUGCUGUCCUGGUCUUCUAUGUACCCCUCAUUGGGCUAUCAGUGGUACAUAGGCUGGGUGGUCCCACAUCUUUAGUCCAUGUGGUUAUGGCUAAUAUCUAUCUCCUGCUACCACCUGUGGUUAAUCCCACUGUGUAUGGAGCAAAGACCAAGGAGAUCCGUUCAAGGGUUAUCCACAUGUUUUCACAAGAUGGCAGGUGA